GAUCCAAACUGAGCGCGGUCCACCUGUGGAGGCUGAGUAUAAUCAGGUAAUUGCUGCUGCAGGUCGGGUUUCUGCUCUGCGGCGAAGCGGCUGAUGUGACACCGUUUCAGGCUGUAUUACAGAAGUAUAACCGCGAACAAGACGCCUGGAAAUAAAUUAUAACUAGUUACUGCGGACAUCUGCCUUAUUAUUGAGUCACUUCAUCAUUAUCUGUCAAGCUCAGCUGUCAUGAAUCCCGCAACCAGCAGACACGAUACAAACACGCCAGAACGCUACACCGCCCAGGCUUCGUCUUCUUCGUCAGGAACGGUAGGAAGUGGACAAACGGGAGGUUUGUAUCUAAAUGCCUAUGAGGUUUCGUUUCCCCUUGAAGAGAGUGUGGAGCGCCCCGCUGCCUACCACCUGAACCAUGGUCAGCAGUUGAUUGAAGAGCCAGUGGUACAGGAGUCCCUUCACUCCCAGUACAGCCCUUUCAUCCUGAUUUCUAACCUGCGGGCUCACCUCUACGUCUCUCUGGAGAAGAAUGCCUGGCUGCAGAAACGCAUUGAGGAGCUGGAAGAGGAGCGAAACUUCCUGCGCUGUCAGCUGGACCGCUUCAUCGUCAGCAUGAGGAGUCCAGACGUGGCAGACUGGUCUGGAGACGCCCAGCGUACUGUGAAAGUCCAGCCUGCCAGCUCUCCAUCUCCUCCUUCCCCGAUGACCACCAGGUCAGGGAUGACCCUCAAACGCCUCCAGGGCCCCGGAACUCGGAUCCGCCGCAACAUCUCUGUCCCUGUCAAACAGGAGUUUCAUCUUGAAGAAGACAAAUAUUACACAGAGGAAGAGUUUGUUGAGGAAGAGGGGGAAGAAGAGGUGGAGGAUGAUGCAGACUCGGCUGUGGAGAGCGGGUCAAAGAAGAAGAGCCGAGGGCGUGGCAGCGGAGAGCCGAGGAUGAAGAUGAGGAGGAUCUUCAGGAUCACCCAUGGGAGGGAGAGGCAAAGAGUUAAAGACCCAGAUGGGGUUCUGAUUCGUUAUAAGAAGAUCCUGACCACUUACCAGCGUGUGAGGAGCAUGUCCAGAGCCUUCCAGAUCCACGGAGUCGACCGAAACACGAUGGCCUCCACCUCCCCUAUCGCAGAGCUCCUGCUUGUGGCCCCAGAAAAGGUGACUGAUGUAGGAGAGUUUGAGGCCUCCAAGGAGAAGCUUCUGGAUUACGCCAGGCGGUGCUACAAGACUAUGGAUGAGGAGAUGCACACUAAGGUCCAGAACAUGAAGAAGACCAACAAGCUGCUCCCAAUCUCCUACAGGUUCAGGAACUGAGGAAGGAAAUAUAUAUCUUCUUUGCCUUAAAAAUAAAGUUAUGUAAACGUCAAGUACUACCAGCCAAUAUACAAUAUUUAGUCUACAUAUAAGAGAUCCGUGUGGUGAGUUGUUGUUUUUUUCACAUGUUGGGCAAAUUUUACUUUGAGUGGAUCCUUUAUUAUUCUUUUUUGCCUGCAAUAAUUUAAAUAUAAGACAUGGUGAUCUUCACUGUCUGAGGUGUUUUGUGCUUGUAUUAUUGUUUUUGUUUGUACAUUAACUGAAUAUCUAUAUUAACUUAAUAGAAUAUAAUAGACUGCCCCUGAAUAUAUUUUGUUUUUUAAGGGGGAAAAUAAAUUUUUUCUCAAUGGUUACUGCAUGAUGUCUACAUACCAAGCUCAGGAAUUUUGAUUUCUGUUAGAUAAACUUUUUUUUUUCACUUUGUGGUUUUGUCUUUUGCACACUGAAAAAUAAAUGUUCAAUUGCAUAA